AACCAGAAAUAACAGAUGAUCUUUAAAAAAAUGAUGGCAUCUUCCUCAAACAUAACGGGUGCAUAUUGCGGCUGAAAUCACGCAGGAGUGGCAUCAUCCCAGUGUAGAGAGGUCUACCCCGAUCUUCACUCUCUCACUCCCCCUCCCAUUCUCUUUCUGUAUCUCUCACUGGUCCCACAGUGUAGUACAGCGGACAGGCAGCUAAACAAACAGCGGAAUCUUUUCAGUGAAGACAGCAACAGAGAGAAAGAGAAACGGAUGAGACACCACAGAGAAGCUAUUCUGUGUGAACAACAACCAUCCAGUCCUGUUUUACACCACAUGUGGAAGUGCUCAGAGCUCAUCGGUCCCCAGCCCCUGUUCCCUGCAACAAGUGGAUUUCAACCAAGGCUUAAAUACUGCAGCAUCAGGGCCGUGAUACGUGACGUCUGCAGACCUGGUACGGCGAUCACACCUGAUCCACUGCACAAGAAGACGACACUGCCACAGUCUCAUAGAAGCUAAACUACGUAGAGUCAAAGAAGGGAAAGUAGAUUCAUCAGGGAAGACUCCAGCAGUUGUCCUUCAAGUCAAGAUUUGUGUGAAAAAUUAAUCAGCCACUAACUCUGCUAUACUGGAUAUGAGCAAAUAUGGGGACUCUACAAGAAACCAUGACAAGUCAACAGUUUUGACAGCCCAAAAGGAAAUCCAUUUCCAUGUGAAAGCUAUUUUCUAUACUCUCAAUAGCAAACUUACAUAAGAAUCCAACUUUGUUUCCCUUUAUUUUAAAACACCCCUUCCUCUCCACUCCCAUCAUGAAGAGUGUAUUGACUGCCCACAAUCCUUCCUGUACCACCCUCCUCUUCCUUCCUUUUUUCAUGCUCCUAUGCCCUCCAGCAUUGGUUAGAGGUGACUGCUGGCUCAUCGAGGGGGAUAAAGGUUAUGUGUGGUUGGCCAUCUGUAGCCAGAACCAGCCACCAUAUGAGACAAUCCCACAGCACAUCAACAACACAGUACAUGAUUUGCGACUUAAUGAGAACAAGAUCAAAGCUAUUUUUUUCACCUCCUUGAGUCGCUUCACAAAUCUGACUGACCUCAACCUCACCAAGAAUGAGAUCUCAUACAUCGAAGAUGGUGCUUUUGCAAGCCAAGCAAAUCUACAGGUUUUGCAACUUGGAUAUAACAAGUUAACCAACCUGACUGAAGGCAUGUUGCGAGGUCUGGGACGCAUGCAAUGUCUUUUCUUGCAGCACAAUCUCAUAGAAGUCAUUGCCACUAAUGCAUUCUGGGAGUGCCCCAGCCUCAGCAACCUAGACCUGUCAUCGAACAAGCUUGCCCGACUAGACCCAUCUACUUUCACUGUGUUGGGCAGGCUCAUGGGAUGCGAGCUUGCAGGAAACCCUUUCCACUGCGGCUGUGAGCUCUACAGCUUCCUUACCUGGUUAGAGGCCUUCAACAAUGUCACACACACCUAUGAUCGACUUCAGUGUGAGACCCCACGGGAGUUGUUUGGCUAUCCAUUGCUGAGUCCCGUGGCUGGGCACGGACGGAGUGCUCGCUAUAUCCUUUCCUCUGUGUGCCGGAAUGGGGUGCGGAUUCCAGGAAUGACAUCUCUGCCACCUGAUCCUGAUUCUUCAGGGAUGGGUCCUGACAUGUUUGACCACUUUAGACCAUACCACCAGCCCACAACUUCCUCCUCAUCUGAGAAUGCAUUUAGUCCCAGCAUCAAACUGCAACAUGUGUCUCUUUCCUCUGCAUCCCUUCUGAUCCAGAUUCCAAAGCCAUACAGCAAGAUGUACAUCCUGGUGCAGUACAAUCAGAGCUUUGUGUCGGUUGUGAGGAACUUGAAGAAUAAAAAGGAAAUGAUCACCCUUAAUAAGCUCAAACCAAACACCAACUACACUUUCUGCGUGGCAUCUAUACGCAAUUCACAGCGCUACAACCACACUUGUUUAUACUUUUCUACCAGAGCUCCAACUCCAGAUGAUUUGAUGCCUCCACCUUCCACGACCACCCACUACAUCAUGACCAUUGUUGGCUGCCUCUUUGGAAUGCUCAUUAUUCUCGGGUUUGUCUACUACUGCUUGCGAAGACGUCGCCGACUAGAAGAGAAAGAAAAAUCCAUUUGUGUGAAGAAGACCAUUCUGGAAAUGCGGUAUGGACCAGAGGUGGCAGCGGCAGUUGCAAAUGACCCCACAGCUAUCCAGAAACUUCAUGAGCAAAGCCACCAUCAGCAUCACCAUGGCAAACUACCCAUGUCCUCCUCAUCCAGCUCUGCCAUGCUUGGCCAUGGUUCUGCCAACACUAGUUCCUCACGUCUGUCUUCCAUUCCUCAAGUAGAGAAAAUGGCAACUGCCUUCUCAGAGGCCAUGGCCUCUAAGGGCAACUAUAUGGAUAUUAGGACCUCUGUAGGAGGAGAUGAAAGGGGGAGAGAUGGAACUGUGUUUCAUGGUGUUCGGGAGGAAGAUCUCAGGGAGGAUGAUGGAAGUGACCUGGGUGAUGAUUCAGAUGAUGAUGGCCGUGGAUCAGCAUCUGAGAUUUCAACAAUUGCAAUGGAGGUGGACAAGGUCAACCAGAUAAUUAACAACUGCAUUGAUGCACUUAAGCUGGACUCUGUUGCAACCUCUACUGUUUCCACCACAGCAAGUGGUCCCACCUCACCCCCACCUACCUCUACCUCCUCUCUGACCAGAGGACUGAUUCCCAUUUCUACUAGUGUCAAUGAUACUUGUCAGGUCCUGCCUUCCCCAAAAAUUCCUCCUCCACCCCCUCGUCCCUUCACAGCUCCUUUGUCCGAGAGACCUGGGAUCACAGGGGGCGGCUUUGUGUCACCGCCAUACCGUCCGCCUCCCCCAGCUACUGCAGUUAGGCCUAUUCAAAGACAGAUGAGUGCCGAUGCAGCUGUCAUUGUCUCUUCUUCCAAGAGGCACUGCCGCCCUUCCAGUGGGAAAGGUCGCGUUUACAGCCUAGAUGUUCCAGAACCCCACAGCCCAGAUCCCUGCCAGUAUCCAGACAAGGGCAGCCCAUUGGGGUGUGGUGAGCCCUUGGAGAGGCUCCCUUUAGUAGGUAGUGGUGGAGGUGGUGGCUGUAGCAUUGAUGGUGGUACUGUAGACGGGAUGGGCCUUCAGCAGCACCUGGAGGUGCACCCAGACUACCACUGUGCAGAACAUCGUCACUCAGUCCCUGCCCUUUACUAUGAGGGCUCUCAUGACUCCCCAGCCCAAAGAGUCUCUUUUCUCAAGCCUCUGUCACGCACCAAGAGAGACGCUGCUUCCUACUCUCAGCUCUCUCCCCGUCCCCACAAUUACUCUGGCUACUCCUCGAGCCCAGAGUACUCCUCUGAGAGCACCUUGCGCAUCUGGGAGCGGUUCCGUCCCCACAGAAAGGGUCCACAUGAGGAGUCCUGUUAUGUAACAGCUGGAAAUGCAUUGCGCAAAAAGGUCCAGUUUGCCAAGGGGGAGGACUUGCAUGACAUCCUUGACUACUGGAAAGGUGUGUCGGCACAGCAAAAGCUGUAAUCUAUGCGACUGCGUGGAAACACAGCGCAGGUCUCAUUCACUGCCUGAUAAACCAGGAGAGAGCAACUGUAGUGAGGAAGUCGGGUUAUGGCUGCAGUAUGCAAAGCGCAGCCAAGUUUGUCAGGGUUUGAGGACAAGUUGCUUUAAUCUGUUUUUGUUACAGUGAGCCAAAAAGAGAGUAAAAGAGCCUGAGGAUACACUAUAUACAUAAGAUAACAUUCAGAGAAAUUAUUUGGAGCACUGACAAUUGUCAUUCUCAGUGAAAAGGGGCGGAUGGGCUUCUCAUUUGCCAAUAAUUGAAAUAAUUGUAUUUUAUUCAUUAUUCAUACAUGUAUUCAUCGUUCAUAUCAAUAGUGAGACCUUUGUAACCUGAGUCCUCAUUCAGCCUGAGGCAGAAUCUCUGUUUAACUCCCACUCAAAUCACAGGCCAUCUCAUUCAUUUGUUAGGCGUGAAUGUAUAUGAGUGUGUGUUUUAAUAGGACAAAAUGAUGCACUGAUUUUCUACAAACCUGUCAAAAGCAGUUCCCCCCUUCCAUAUUGCAGAGACUAUGCACAGGGCAACCAAAUGUACAUUUUAAUAGCACUCCUCAUGUGAAAAAUAAAGGAAUGGAGGGAAGGAAAAGAUAAAAAAUGAAACAGAAGAAUCUCCCUGGGGAGCUUUGGAAUAGUCAGCCAUGUUUGGCAGCUGCUUGCUGUGCUGAGCAAGAUGACAUAAAUAGUGCAAGGGGUGCUAGAGAAAAUACUGUAGAUUUACUAGGGCCUGUGAAAAUGUGUAGAUCUGUGUUUGAGAUUAAACAGACAUAGUUCUGUGCCUCUCUCAUCACUGAUGCAUUAUUAAUAGCAUUACCUUAUCAGAGGUUACCUUGUCACCUGUAUCACAGCAUGAGCACAAAGUGGCUGUUGGCAGUAGAGGUUUAUGUAUUCUGUUCCUCUGCCCUAAGGUCAAUUUAUUUAGUCCAUUAAUUGGCUUUUGGAAGCCUGUUGCUGCCAGCUGAGACAUUCAACAGGCCAAGUGACCUAGACCCUUUUAUGACACUUUUGAACUGAUGCUUUAUAUGACAUGUUUCUCCAGUCUCUUGUUUGUUUGUUUAUUUAUUUAGAUCUCAUAGGACUUUUCAUCUCAUAAUACAUCAUUAAUAGUAUGGUUUGUUGUAAAAAUGACAAACAUUAUUAACUUGAACACCUCUGUCAGCCAUUAUUUUAUUAAUGUCCAGUUAGAUUAGACUGACUAAUUAGCAAUUAGCCAAGGCUAUACCCUUUAGUGUGCAAGGGUAAGCAUCUAAGACCUUCAAUUUGAUUAAAAGAGAUCACUCUUUCUUCUUUUCCCAGAAACCACGUUCAACCUACAGUUUCACAGACCAAUAAACCAAAAUAAAUUGAUUAGUGGCCCUGUGGGAAUAUGUACAUCCGUUUACAAUGCAUUCUCAAGUAUGAAAUGACAGGUGAGAUAUCCAACAGGCACAUGAAAUUAAAUGAAUGGUGUUUACUCAGUGAAGUAUAAUUAUACCCCCACCCCACUCUAAAUAUUCAAUUCAAGUUUAUUUGUAUAGCGCUUUUUAUGAUACAAAUCGUUGCAAAGCAACUUUGCAUUAAGUUUCUACAAUAUUUAGUUGUAAAUACAUGGCUUAAAGGGAUCACCCAAACAUUAAAAUUCUGUACUCAGCCUUGUGUUGUUCCAAAACUGUAUGACUUACUUUCUUCUGCAAAACACAAGAGAUGACAUUUUGAACUGUUUCCAAUCCUCUUUUCCAAACACAUACUGUACAAUGAAUGGGGACUGAGCUCGCAAACUUCAAAAAGGACGCAAAAAAAAUCUUUUUCUCAAAGCUAUUGUGUGUCCUCAGAAGGCUUUGAAUGUAGCAUUCGAGUCAUAUAAACCACUUUCAUGAUACUUUUAUGCUUUUGCAUCCUUUUUGGAGCUUAAAAGCAGCAGUCAUGACUGAUUUUAAUUGCAUGGGAAAGAGCAUGGGAAACUUGUCAGACUUUACAAUUCAUAUGGGUUUGUAACAAAAUGAAGGUGCUUACUUCAUUUUUUUCAAGCUAACUCUGACCUGAGAACUUAUUAACAUCACUUUGUCACAGGCACUUAACUUGACAUCACUACUGGUGAAACAUGUCUGAGAUGUCCAGUUUGAAAAUGAGAUAAAUUACAUUGAAACAGAAUGCAAAUAGCUCAUAUGGGGGUUAGCAUUAGCCAGCAAACCUCUUUUUGCCCCCAUUUUCCAGCAUCAGGUGUUUUUGUGCCUUCAGUAAAAGGGUUCAUUAUUUGACGUAGUACCACAUAAAGAGCCGUUUCUGUAAAUCAUACUAUAUCCCUUUAUUUAAUAAGGGGUUCACUGUAAAUACAUGUUCACAUACCAUCUUUCUUACCAUUUCUCUCGAUUAAGGUUUUUUCUUUGUAAAUAUGUGACAGAUACCUGCCAACAUUGGACAUACACUCAGGCAGAAUGUCUCUUUGGUUCUCUCUUUUUCGGGGGCUUUAAAAAAAAUCAGUCCAAGGAUUUUACAGGAUUCUUAAUGGUUUACACAAGGAGGAACAGCAGCAGCUAUAACAUGUGGAUUAUUAGGGCACUGCUUGUGUACAGAAGAAGUACACUGCUUGUGUAAAGAAGACGUUGCAGAGAAAUAAAUUGGACCCUAAGUGGACAAACUGUUCUCGGGCAACUGAAAUGGACCCAUGAAGGACUGCUACCGGAGGCUUACUGUGACAUUUUCCUUACUUUAUGAACCUGAUUUUAAAACCACUUGGACUGGUCUUAAGGAGCUAACAGUGAACACUCAAUCAUAAAUGACUGUUCAUUUUUAUAAAUUUAUGUUUAUGUUUUUAGAUCUGGUUUUUAUUGUGCCUCCCCUCAUUGACAAAGAAAAAAAGAAAAAAAAAAGACUUUGCACUCCUGUACAAAUGCUUGUCAGACAUUUUUGCUAUGAAUUCGAAAGGGGGAAGUUAUAAUACAAUUGGCAUGGCAUCUGUAAGAUUUUUCUGUUAUGUAUUAUUUGUUUAAGAAAAUGUGUACUUACUGCUUUUUCGUAUCAUACUUUGCUGGGGAGUAAGACUGUGGUGUUCUCUUUUCAAUUUGCUCAAGGUCAAUCUCCUUGAACAUUCCCUCAGUGUUCCCAUUCGUUCAGGACAAACAGACAAUUCAAUUAUUUCAAGUUAAGGUCUCCCUCCACCAAAUCACAUUUUUCUAUCAGACCUUUAUUCAUAUGCUAUUUCAUGAUUUAAUUAAUUCUUUCUUUAUUUUUUCACUUGGCCUUUAACUUUUGACUUUACAAGUCAUGCAUAAUUACCCAGUUCAGCCAAACAACAUGUUUGUUUACUACCCUACUACAGAACUAACAGUCAAAGAUGACACACAUUCUUUAUGCUGAAAUGAUCGCAGUGGAUGGUUGGGGGUCAGAGUUUCACCUCUGGAAUACUGCUGUUUUUUAAGGAGUUGAAUAAUGCAUGUGUCUGUCUCUUCUUCUCAAUCCAGUGUUAAAGUAUCAUUAUAUUCCUGCUCCAUGUUUGCAUCACAGUCAACAUUUUGAUUUUGUUAACAAUUCAACAUUCAGAAGUUCCUGAAAAACCUAUUUUGACCAGUAGUGUCACGUUGACUGUUGUCGAUAAUAGCUCUGGUGGGGAUCUGUAGUGGACUGUUUGUAUUCUAUUACCUAUUAAUUGCAUGACAUAGGAUAUUUAAGAGUGUUGCAUAAUUUAUGUUUGGCCAUAGUGUCAUAUUUUAAUGGCCUUUUUAUACUAAUAGGUUCUUUCUGAAGGCCCUCUGACAAUAGUUGUGUUAAAGAAGUUGGUUGUACUAAGAGUAGAAAAUACUUUGACAUUAAUCAUUGUCAGAUUUCAGCAAUAUUACACAGAGUGUAAAGUGGAUUACUCUUCCAUAGCAGUUUUUACUUUUCUAAGCUCUUUAGCCUCCUCUUAGUGUUAGACACUAUGGAAGGAGAUUGGCUUGAAGAGAGCAAAAGAGAUAUGGUUUAAUGCUUUGAAACAAGAUUUUCACUCCACCCUCCUUUCUUUUUAGUGAUGUUUUAUUAUCAAAUUUUGGGAGGAGCAUGCGCAGGUAAUCAACCCGGCCAAUUCACUAUCAGUAAUUACAGCAAUUACAUCACCACCACGAGAGAGAACCACUAUAAAUAAUCAUAGCAGCCUUACCUUCAUUCUCUCUAGUCUUUCAGCCUCCCUCCACCACUCCGACUCCUCACCAUCUACCCUUUCCUACCGGGAGAGUGCUCUGUGUUUGGGCAAAUGCUGAGCUCGGAGCCCUCUCCCCAGAUGGUUUCCCAGGGUUCUCCGGGUUCUGGAAGAAUUACCAAGUUCAGAGCCCUCUCCUCAGACAGCACGCCAAAUACACAUACUGUACUAUUCUUCUCACUUUAUUAUCUGCAAGGCGAACUCGUAAAACAGCCUUUGAAUUGCAAGAGUGACAGAGGUGAAACUUUUGGAGGUAAUUAACUAGUUCUGACAUAUAAAUCCCCAUUAGUCAUUACUUCUUUUGAAACUAAGGUUGCUUUGAGUCCAAACUCUUCACUUAUGUGUAUUGUUCUCAAUUUGUAUUGAACACAUUUAAAAUCAAUUACUUCUUUUAACAAGAACAGGAUUUAUAUUUAACUGACUUAAUUUCUCAGGACCAAAUAUUGUUUGUCAAGCUUAUUAUUGCCCCCUAAAUCCAAAAAUAACUACAUGCAGUCAACAUGUUCUGAUGUGUCUUUGAAGGUCCUCCUCGUUGGCUUUGCCCGCCUUUGUUCAUGCUUAAAAGAAGCCUGGAGAAAAUCACUCCGAGGGUCUCUGGAGUCAGGAUAAUUGUGCCUCUUUUAUAAAGCUUUUAAGUCUAUUCUCCCUCUUCAUGCAGAAGAGCACCACACUGGCAUGUUUUCCCUCUGAUAUUUUCCUCUUGCUUGUUCUUUUCUCUCAGAUGUUCUCUGAAUUCUGUUUUGACGGCGAGGUGGAAAACAUGGCAGGAUUGCGAGGGACAGGCUGCAGGAUGGAUAACCGCAAUUGUUUAGAACUAGAGGAGACAAUAAAAGGGCCAGUUUCUGUGCUUCUCCAACACGCAGCCCAGGGGCUUUGAGAAAUAACAAAUAAUUAAGAAAUAAAUCUUUAUAUUAAACUGUGAUGGAGAGACAAAAGCAUGCGUUGAGUGAAGAAGCAAGUGCAGAAGAGAGGGGUUAACUCUGAACGAGCUCAUCAAAGUGAGUCAGAGAAUGUAUGAUGAUGAAAAACACUCAGGAGCAGGAGGAGACAGUAAAUCAGGGCUGAUGAUGCGGCAAGUGUGUAGGAGUACUUUGAGAGUAGAGAGGAUCAGAGUAUGCAAGCUGCAUCAACCUGAUGAUGAAUGAAUAAACAACAUUCCCAAACAGUAACGUUAUGAAGGGAGAAAAGCCUACCUUAGAUGAUUAGAUAAUUUAAAUCCAAAUGUCAUUGGUUCAUUUCAAAGGGAUAAUUCACCCACCAAAAAAAAAAACAAAAAAAAUUUGUUUUUUGUUUGUUUUGUAGCUUAAAAGCAGUGGUCACUAAGGAAAAAGCUGUGUGAAGAUUUUUUUUUUUUUAAAUAUCACUUUUUUGUUGUUGUUCCACAUAAAAAAGAAAGUUAUUUCCCAUUUUGGAAAGUAAAUAAUGACAGAACUGUCAUCGGAUGAACUAUCCUUUCAGCUUCACACUCUCCUCUCAGAAAUCGUGGGAAAUGUUUAAAGUACACGUGGGAAUGUCAAAGGAGCUAACUAGGAUUUUCCCAGCGAUUCACAAUAGGAGAUCACACCAGUUAAUCCUGGGUACUGUUUCAUCCCUCUCCAUCACUCACUUCUCAAUUAACUCCAGACUCCAUCAGCCUGAUGUCUUUUCUUUCACUCGUUCCCUCUGUAGUCUCACUCUCUGUCUACAGACCAACAUAUCAAGAUAUCUCUGGAGCAUUACUCCUAUAUUCAGAUAGCAGUUUAAUGUGCUGUGGAGAGGAACAGAGGACAUUUAAUGAAUCCAUAUAUUUAAAGGUGCACUAAUACCUUGUUUUUUUGCUGGCUGUAGUCUAACAGUUGUGUUGGACUUUAUACCAUUAUUUUCUUGCAAGUGUCCGACAAUAGAGAGAAAAAGAAAAUGGUAUUUGACAAGUGUGAUGGGGACCUCCAUAUAUAUAUAGCAUAGAGGGGCUUUAGGCACUAACGAACAGAAAGCACAACUUAUAGAGUGUUUUUUUAUGCAUAAAUUGCUGAGGAUUCAAUGAAUGUGACUUACAGCCUGAUUUUGGCCCUUUGUAAAGCGGGCAGUUUGGAGGGGUGGUGUUUAGGUAUACUCUGUCGUUCAUUUGAUUAUUUUUACAGUCAAUUUGUACACUCAAAUAAUGGCUCACAUAAUGUAUUUUUUGCCGAACCUGAGGGUAAAAUGUUCAAAAGGGUGACAAGGGCCUUUUGUGUUUCAUGUUGUUUUGUUUUAAUCCUCCAGUAUAAUAAUCUCCUCACAUGAUGUUGGCAUGCGUUUGGCUGGUCUGUCUCUGUUUUCUUGAGCAUCUUUGAGCCUUCACCUGUCCCAAAAUAUGGCUCAGGAAUAUAUAUGACAAUUAUUAACUUGCAUCUUCUUUUAUUCUCUUUUGCUUUAUUAGCCCUCCUUUCACAAAUAUGAUUUCCUGUUCCAAAAAAAAAAAAAAAAACAGGAGGUAAAUAGUAGACAAAUAGCUAUAUUUGUGAAUUUCAAACUUUGUAAAAAGAUGUUUUUUGUCACUGAAGUUGUAGUUGUAAUUGUUAUUACUAUGUUUCGGGGUGGGAGGUUCCGGGCGAUCUUAGGGUAACAUGUUGUAUAGAUUUGUACUGGGUUAAUGCAGUGAUCCACGUUAUCCUGAUCUGAUUCAAACUGAGACCAGAGAAAGUGGCAGAAAAAAGAAACAAAGUGUUAUGUUUGCAUGAAUUCCUGUAUUUUUCAAAGAGAUAAAUUAUAUUGUUGUGUAUACUGAGUGGAUAUGUUGCAAAUGAAGCAAAAAUUAGGCAUUGAAGUAUUGUCAGAACAUGCAAUCAUUUUGAGGCAUCAUACUGAGGUUUAUUCAUAUCUCAAUGAUGCUGAACUGUCACUGAAAUACUUAUUACAGUUUUAAACAAAGAAAAAGCUGCCUGAAACAAUGCCAUGGGAAAGCUUUGUAUUCUGCCAAAAAAAAAAAAAAUUGGAUUCUUUGGUCAGUCUUGUUUAGUGCCAAAAUAAGAUCUUUAUCACUUCUCUGCAAUGAAAAAGAAAAGCGAGAUCCUAGCUGGGUCAAUUCAUCCUGUGUAAAAUUCAGUGCUGCCCAACAGACUCCAGAUCAAUAAAUGAGAGUAUAUGGCACAUCCACUACAUUAACCUUGCAGGUGUCCCACAGUAGCCCCUCGCCUCUGCUGGAGAAAAACAUUCUCCCGUGCACAGCUGCUCAUUGGAUCAAUGAUAAAGUAAACAUCAGCGAAUAAAUGUUUCAACAUUUUUGAGAAGUCAGUGGGUGGAAUAGUCCAUGGGCAGUGAAAGAGAGCUACUUAGAUAGGGGCUGGUCUGUUCGGGAGGGUGGAGUCUCUGGAGGCUGUAAAGUAUGACAUUUUCUAUUUGGCCCGACUGAAAGAAGAGGCAUGCAUAGAUUAUUUAAGGCAGAGAGGCCACAACAGCGUGUCUUGAGCCAAACCACAACACCAAGCUAAUCAUGUCUGAACUCUUGCCAAUGGCUCUUCAGUUCAUUCUCCUCUUAGAGCACUAUAUAUACACAAAUAAUAGACUAUAUAUAUAUAACAUUUUAUUGAUCGAGGCUAUUAAGAUUCUGAAAAAGGCAUAAAUGUGAGAGAAAAAAAUAGACAUUCGAUUGCUUUUGUUGAAGUGGAAACCAAAGCUUUUCCAUGGCAACACACAAAACAUCUCCAACUGUGAGUGAGCUUUAUAACAGUUUGAUAUUGGACAUCAUAAGAAGCUGAGCCUUCAGCUACAGGAUUUAAUAGAAUUGUAAAUUAAUUUCAGCAAUUUUAAAGAGCCUCGCCCACAAUCAGAUGUCUGCUGUAUAUUUCUUUACAUCUCUUUUUUUCUAAGGAAUGGAUCUCAAAAAGGACACAAUUUCUUUGAUGUGAGAAAAAAAAGCCUCUGAAAUGGUCUAAUUACAUUUAUUUUGCUGAUAAUUAUAUCCUACAUCUUCACCACAAAUUCUGUACAAAAGAUCUAUUUCUAUAUUUGCAAUAAAUUUGUAAUAAAAAAGCUGCAGAUUUCAAGUAACUUGAAAAUACAUUGA